CUCUGAAUUAUUUCUUAUUUCACUGUCAGAGAUCCGGCUGAGCUCAAGAGUUAAGGUGUGCUGAAUGAUUUGUGCCAUGCUCGCUUGUCAGGACCCCUCGGCCUGGAGUAUCUCUAUGGCCACGGGCAAGUUACUUCACAUUUUUACGCCGAUUUUGCAGACCAAGUUCCAUCACAUGCUUCCAAACUGUCCCUCUUGGAUCCUACAUCAUCUUCUUUUGAACUGUUUUGAUCAAACGCAUCCUGUUUGCUCGGGUUGAAUUCUCCCAAGACCAGUUCUUUAAGAAGUAUCUGUAGUCCGUGUCAAUACCUGCAGCAAGCCGGGCUGUUGGAAGACCGAGAAAAUGUCGCUGCAGCCAUAGAGCCAUAUCUCUACAGAGGACAGACGGCUGUGGAACUUAUCCAUGAGUCAGAAGAACGCUUCUUGGGAUGUCGAGUUCAAGCUGUUGUCAACUCGUGUUCCCAGUUCUGAUGUCACGAGCGAGACAAGCAGAUUACGAUCACCACCAAGAUACGUUCCACAUAUUAGAACCUCCAAACUAGAAUGAGUGGACGUACCAACUUCCAUCGACUCAUGCCUUGAUGCGGAAGUGCCUCCCUCGAACGUCGAUUGGAGUGCACCAAGAGGCUUCAUAAUUGGUUCGCACUUUGUUGAAUCUUGCAUUUCAAGCUGCCUCCAUUCAAUCGCCGACCAAAAGAAGGACAAGCUCUUCUUCGAGGGCCCAGACCCAUCCGCUGAUUGCCCCUUCAUGUCGUUCAACCUCGCUUCGCCUUCGGGAACGAGUGCUCCGGUAAACAUCCUCAACAUACUGGGUUGUAAGUACUAGGUAAUUCUCACGAUGGAUCUGGUACCAACUUCCAGUCUCCAGAUCUAUUUUCCUGUGGGGAGUUAAGACUGCUCAACAGAAAUCCCCACUAGAUACCUGCUUGUCGUUAGAUCACAAAAUGGUCGCUUUGGUGUGGUCGUCCCUGCCUGUUUUACUAGAAACAAUUCUCUCCUCCCAUUCUCACCACUCAUGCCGUUCUUUCCUCUUUGAUACCUGCCCAUGCAGUGCCAAUUUAAGACGGUCUCUUCCUUUUCUCUCUUCUCCUCCUCCUUUCUUCUUUACCAUCGAUCAUCCACAUUUCCAUCAUCACAACUUUGCUCCAUCUGCUUUUGGAAUCACAUCAAAACACUUCUUCUCGAUAUUACAGUAUCGUAAUCAAUCACAAUGCAUCUCAAGAUCCUCGCGCUCAUGGCUGCAGCCAGUAUCGUUGCUGCCCAAACCCCUUCCUUCUGCGACAAGUACACCGUUGCUCUCUUCACAGACAACACCGCAGCCAACCAAUACAAGCUUCUCACUGCCGUGGUCAACACUGCUGUGAUUGGUAACUACUCAGAGACUGCCAAUGGUGCUGUUGUUCCUGGUAUUCUUGCUCCAGCCCAAGUCGGCGACGUUGCAGUCGACCUCCUACCAUACUUCAACGGUGUCCUUGCAUCUACCAACCAAGGUGGAUCUUCGGGUGUCGCUGUCAACUUCUUCGACGAUGGAGGUGCUUCUGCUCUCAAGGCUGGCAGACCUGCCAACGGCAAUACCUCCAGACAAUUUCUCCUCUUGACCCAUCUCUACCAAUACUUCGGCACUGCCCUCGGUUGCUCUAUGCAAGGUGGUUCGGACUUCCCAGAGUACUCUGCUCAUUCGUCUAUGUACAACGUCCACAAGUUUAUGGUCCUUAGCCCACCUGAGGUAACUUACUUCAUCGAACAAGUUGCUGCUUCAGCUUUGUCUUUCGGUGUCACCCCUGAGGACAUUGCUCCCGUCGGUCAAGCACUCAUGAGUUUCUUCGGUUACAGAUGUUCGCCACCAAUGACUGUGAUUCCAUCUCAAGGUGCCCAACUACAGAGUAUCUGCUCUGCUUCAGACUGUCCAAUUGCCGCCAACUCGUCAUGUGUCGGUGUUCAGAACAUUACUCAUCCUGCUGUAGCCAUUCCUGGUGUUGUCCCCACAAUACCAAGCAAGAACAUGACUUAUCCUAACAGCACCUACCCUAACGGGACCUAUCCAGGAGGUCCUCGCUACUGCAAUCCAUAUCGCUGCAAGUGUGGUUGCAGAGGAGCUGUCUGCCCAUGUGGCUAUACCGACUGCACUGGUCCCAAGUGCGAUGGUGAUUAUCCUUCUGGAAACGGUGGUUCUGGCGGUCAAGGCGGAGCCGGAGGAGCUGGUGGAGCGGGUGGAGCGGGUGGUGCUGGAGGCCAGGGUGGCCAAGGUGGUGCUGGUGGUUCUGGCUCUGGAGGAUCUGGCGGAAACGGUGGAUUCGUACCCACUACUGUCUCAACAGCUGGUGCAGCCGCGCUCGGUAUGAGUGUCAUUGCCAUUAUCGGUGGCGCUAUUGCCUUCUUCUUGUAA